CAAGAACCUCCUGCUCCUCUUCCUCCAGCACAACAAGCCGCUCCUCCGCCCUCGCCCCUGCCACCUUGGAGCAGGUGGUCGCUCCAGAGACUUUCCCUGUCUUCCAGGAAGACACCACCGAGGGUUCGCCCUCUCCACCGACCCCUCCUCCCACGUCUCGUUCCCGGCGCCGGUCGCGCCAAGUGACCAACCUCGACCGCGCUCUUUUUUUCGGCCUCCCCAAGGCCAAAGUCGUCAACUACGUUGACAUCGUCAAGUGUCUGCGUGCGCCGCCCUUCCGAGCCCCGAAUUAUCAAUCGGGUAGACAGACGGCCUACGUGCCAACCUCAACCUCCCCCUUCCUCACCACCAUAUCUCAUCCCUCUUGUCCCUUUGAACCAGCGCCAUGGGCGCGGUCAAAGUCCCCGUCCCCGGCCCAGCGCGCCUCAAGCGCUCAGCGGGACCCGAUGAGUGGCUCGAAGCAGCCAAAAACUGCAAGUACCUCUCAGAAUACCACAUGAAACAACUCUGCGAGAUUGUCAAAGAGUACAUGAUGGAAGAAUCCAACAUCCAACCCGUCUCUACGCCAGUCACAAUCUGCGGCGACAUUCACGGCCAAUUCUACGAUCUACUCGAGCUUUUCAGAGUCGCAGGCGGCAUGCCGAAUGAAUCGGCGCCUGAAACACCCGUCACUCCAGCGAACAUCAUCACAUCCGCAGACAUUGAACCUCCUACCAUGAUCACGAACCCGAAACUGAAGAAGAAAAUGAGACUCGGAGGCAUUGAACAUCCUGAUUCCACGGGGGAAAAGAGUAGCGAGGUCAGCGAUGCCGAAGAAAUACCUUCAUCACAACAAUCCGAGCUUGAAGACGAACGAUCAGAGUCAGGAAACAUCAUCUCAAACCGACAAAAUGCGAAUUUCAUCUUUCUAGGAGACUACGUUGAUCGUGGAUAUUUCUCCCUCGAAACCCUCACUUUACUCUUAUGCCUCAAGGCCAAAUACCCCGAAAAGAUCACGUUAGUGCGCGGUAACCAUGAGAGUCGCCAGAUCACUCAGGUCUACGGGUUUUACGAAGAAUGCGUACAAAAGUACGGAAACACUUCAGUAUGGAAGGCAUGUUGUCAAGUAUUCGACUUCAUGACCCUCGGAGCCAUUGUUGAUGGAAAAGUACUGUGUGUACAUGGAGGCUUGUCACCAGAAAUCCGGACACUCGACCAAGUCAGAGUUGUUGCUCGAGCACAAGAAAUCCCUCACGAAGGUGCCUUUUGCGAUCUCGUAUGGUCAGAUCCAGAAGACGUGGAAACAUGGGCAGUAUCGCCACGUGGAGCAGGAUGGCUUUUCGGAGACCGAGUCAGUCAGGAAUUCUGUCACGUCAACGGACUAAAUCUCAUCUCCAGAGCACAUCAACUGGUCAACGAAGGCUACAAGUACCACUUCAAGAGUCAAGAUGUUGUCACGGUGUGGAGUGCACCCAAUUACUGCUACAGAUGUGGAAACCUUGCCUCGGUUUGCGAGAUUGGCGAAGAUAUGAAACCAACGUUCAAACUGUUCAGCGCUGUCAAGGAUGAGCUACGACAUGUUCCACCCUCGAGAGGUGGUCGCAACGAAUACUUCCUCUAGUAUGAUGACAAGAGUAUUGGAAAUGAGCUGGGAAGACGAUAAUAGUGCCUGGAAUGAGCCUGGAGCUUUUUGCCCGCUUCAAAUCCCACAGUUAUAGCAUCAGCAUCAGCGAAGGCGUGGAUGGAUGUCAAAUCAGGCGGCACAAUUGUACAUUACUCCAGAGAGCUAGAAAUAGUGCUGGCUCUGAUAUGAAGCAUGAGAUUACUAGAUGACAUACCCA